AUCAACACUAAAACAUUGUCACAUAGUCACAACGCGUACAACAAACCUGAUUCAGUGACACGGGCCAUUUGCAGUCAAAAUGGCUUUCUUUUAUCGUAUUUUUACAUUGAUGUUCGUGCUCCUAAUCUUCUGCAUUUCCAGCUCAACCGCUCAAGUGGAUAUCGAACCUGCCUCUGAGAUAACUAAGGAGACAUUUCAAGAGAGAGUUGACACGGGAGAUUUGCUUCUUGUAAAUUUUGUUGGUCCAGGAUGCAAGAACUGCAAAGAAUUUGCUCCUAUUUUCAACCGAGUCAACACAGAGCUGUUGAGAGAGAGUUCAGAAGUCAAAGCAGUAGUUGUCAACGACAUGGAAACAGUGAGGCGUUUUGAUAUUAGAAAAAUCCCAUCAGUAGUCCUAUUCAGGAAGAGCAUUCCGAUACUGUAUGAAGGUCACAAUGAAGCAGAGGAGAUCUUUGAGUGGAUUGGUGAGAGCAAGAAUGUGCAAGGAAGAUAUCUCAACGAUGAUGAUUUUGAGCAUCUUACCCAAGCAUCUACCGGCUCUACCACAGGUGACUGGCUGGUCCAGUUCUGUGACCCUGAGAGACCGCAGUGUGAGGCGCUUAUCGCAUCAUGGGAGGCAGUUGCCUACAGAUUGAAGGGGAAGGUAAAUGUAGCAACGGUUGACAUCAGCAAGAACCCUAACCUUGUGAAAAGAUUUAGUGUUGCAAUUGAAAGAACACCGUAUGUUGUUUUCAUUAAGGAUGAGAAAUUGUACAAGCUUCAUCGGAAGAUGAUCUAUGCUCCUUCUAUACAACUGGAAAACUUCAUGUCUGUUGGCUACACCGAGAGCAGGGUAUUCAAAGUACCCAAAGAACGAACAUUCUUUGAUGACCUGACAGAGAGUAUUGCUAACAAAUUAAAGGAAACCCAAGCCAGUGUGCCGGGUCUAUUUGUGAUUAUAGCUGUAUGUCUCGUGGUACUUUCUCUUGUCCUCUGCAAGGUGUUCUGUGGCGGCUCAUCGUCAAGGGGAUUCGGCUCAAAGGGACCCAAGAAGGGGGUAUAAUUUUAAGCCGUUACCUAGAAGUCUUGCUGUAGUGUUUUUAAUUUGUUUCUAUUAGUGACCCAAUUCAUCUGACCUCAUCAUCGCAUACGUGUUUGUGCUAUUUUGGGAGUCAAUAUUGUGUGCUUUACAGUAGUGUAUUUCAUUGUUCAUGCCUACCAAGUGUUUUAUGCGCAAACCCUUUUUCACACUGUAUCUCUUAUCCAUGUGGAAUACAGCCUUGGGACUUUUUUUACCCCAUGGCUACCUGGCACACUUUCACUCUGUGUUCAUAUCCAUGGGGUUCUGGUUGAGUGUUUUAGGAAUACCCCAGGGUCAUACAGCUUACCCCAACUC